ACUACUUUUACAGGAUUCAGGAGUCGUGUCAAGUUCUACAAUGUGCUUGAUCCAACAAAAAUGAGCAAUUACAUCUCUGAGGUUUUGGAUGGAGGACUCAUGGGUCCAUUGUUCAAAGUUACUCUGGAAGAAUCUUCAGACGUGAGCUUCCACAAUGUUUCAGCCCAAGAGUGCUGGGAAAUGGUGUUGCAGAGAGUUAAAGAUACAUCCACAAGUCUUGGUCUUCCUAGUUUACCGCAGUUGGAGGGUAUCAAUGGGCUUCAAAUGUUUGGUUUCCUCUCACCCUCUAUAGUUCAGGCCAUUGAAGUUCUUGACCCAAACCAUCAACUCGUUGAGUACUGGAACUACAAGAACCAAGCUUCAUCAGACUCAAAAGAUCACUUCAUAUCGUCAAACUGUUCCGUGAGUUUAACCAAAGGAAAACUUUUUGGAGUUGAUUUGAUGUAACUCAAGAAGCCAACAAGACAGUUCCGACUCCAAGAAGACGACAACAACAACAACAAUGACAUCUUUUAGAUAGAUAGAAUAAAUUGAUUUCUGAUUAUAUUUUCUUUUUGGUUUUGGGAGCAUUUAUUCAUAAUCUUUUGUUCUUUUUUUUUUUUUUAAUUUUUAAUCGUGAACAAUAACCUAACCUUAGCGUUAGAAGUGUAAACUAGAAAGUUCGAUUCUUUUGCUAAUGCGGAAACUCAUACAAUAAAAUA